GACCAUAAAUAGGGCACGAAAUACCCUCCACUCUUCGUUCUGCCCUUCUCUGUACAACUCUCAGAGAGCAAAAGAGAGGACGAGACAGAGAAAUAAUGGAAGUAAUGCAAGUACUUCACAUGAACAAAGGGAAUGGAGAGACUAGUUAUGCAAAGAACUCGACGGUUCAGAGCAAAAUCAUAUCUGUCGGGAAGCCAAUCAUAGAGGAAGCAGUACAUGAAAUCUCGUGCAACAAUGUCCUAGAGAGCAUGGGAAUUGCAGACUUGGGUUGCUCGUCAGGACCCAACACCUUAUCCGUGAUCUCCGAGAUCAUGGACAUGGUACAAACCACAAGCCGUCGUCUCGGCCGCCCGGUACCGGAGUUUAGGGUGUACCUGAAUGAUCUCUACAGCAAUGAUUUCAAUUACAUAUUCAUGUCAUUACCGGCAUUCUACCACAGACUGAAAGAAGAGAAGGGCAUCGGGUGCGGAUCCUGCUAUAUAUCUGGUGUAGCAGGCUCCUUCUAUGGCAGAUUGUUCCCUAGCAAGAGCCUUCACUUCGUGCACUCUUCUUCCAGUCUUCACUGGCUCUCCCAGGUUCCGCCUGGCCUGGAGAGCAAGGCUCUCGCUCCUUUGAAUAAGGGAAAGGUCUAUAUAUCAAAAAGCAGCCCUCAAAGCGUGCUGAAUGCGUACUCAUUGCAGUUCCAGAAUGACUUUUCAAUGUUCAUAGAGUCACGUUCGCAAGAAUUGGUUCCCGGUGGCCGCAUGGUUCUUUCCUUCAUGGGCAGGAGAUCCACUGAUCCCACAACUGAAGAAAGCUGCCAUCACUGGGAGCUGUUAGCCCAAGCAAUAAUGAGCCUGGUUAGAGAGGGUCUGAUUGAAGAGGCAAAAGUUGAUUCUUUCAAUGCCCCUUACUAUGCUCCCUGUGCUGAGGAAAUUAAGGUGGAGAUACAAAAGGUAGGGUCUUUCGUGAUCGAUCGCCUUGAAGGUUUUGAAAUCGACUGGGAUGGAGGUGCUGUCAGUGACGUCCAGACAGCACAAGGGAAACUAUUGAUCGGACAGCGAGUGGCAAAAACCAUCAGAGCCGUGGUGGAAUCAAUGCUGGAAUCUCACUUUGGAAUUGGACAAGAUAUAAUGGAUGAUUUAUUCAGCAGGUAUGCAGAGAUUGUUGGGAAUCACUUGUCGAAGACUAGAACCAAGUACAUCAAUUUGGUGAUUUCCCUUAUUAAAAAGGGGUAAUCAAGUCCAAUUGGACGAACAUCUUAACGAAAAGGUCUGCAUUUUUUGUAUGUCUGUUUACAUAGGAGAGUACUAUAAAAUCCAAAGGAAAGAGAUAUAAGUGAAGCUUCGGGCACUAGAAGCCAGUUGUAAUAGUUUGGGAUAAAUAAGAAUGUAUUGUUUCCUCCUUGAGAAAUAAUAUUCAUGAAGUUAAAUUAUUCUAA